AUGCGGCGGGCGCGGGCGCUGCGCCGCCGCGGAGCGCUGCUCGCCUGCCUCUCCUUGGGGACGCUGCUGGCCCUCGCCGACGCCAAGGGUGCCUUCUACCCCCCCGCCGCCCCCCUGCCCUACGGCGGCAGGUACAGCCUCUACACGGCCGGCUCCAGCCCGCAGCUCGGCAAGCCCGUGGGCAAGCACAAGAGCUACUGUGCCUACGUGGUGCAGCGCAACGUGACGUGCACGCUGCAGGACGGGGCCGAGAGCUACGUCAAGGCCGAGUACCACAAGUGCAGCUGGGGACCCAAGUGCCCAGGGAAAGUGCUGUACCGCACCUUCUUCAGGCCCAGGUACAAGAUUGGAUACAAGACAGUGACCGAGCUGUCCUGGAGGUGCUGCCCAGGCUUCAUGGGAGAAGGGUGCCAUGACAGCCCGACAGACCAGCCUGGCCUUCUGCCCCAGCAUCCCAGCCCUAAAAUGCCUCCUGGGCAAAAGAUGUUUCCAAUGCCCAGGCUUCCUCCCUUUCCCAAAAGCCACCCUGACCUGUUUCCGGGACCAAAGAAGAGUCAAUAUGGCAGGAAGCUGCCUGGCCUCUUCGGGGACCGCCUGGAUCGGCUGGAGGAGGAGGUGAGGCGCCUUUCCCAGUCCUACGACAGCCUGCACACCAUGGUGAGUGGGCUGGGGGACCGCCUGCGCUUGGCCAUCCAGGAGGACACCACCAAGAUGAUCGGCUCCCUGAUGAACAGCCCGGGCACGCCAGACUCCUCCGUGGGCUUCGGCAUCAUUCCCGACGGCCUGGUGGAUGUGGCAGACAAAGCCGACAUGGCCACGUUCCCUCCCGUGGGGGAGAUCCUGACCAAAGUGACGGAGGUGAGCGACGUGCUGAAAACCAAGGCAGAUCUGCUGCACGAGGUGCGGGGCAUGGUCCUGGACCACGACGGGCAGAUCAAGCACCUGCUGGAAUCCGCCCGGCCCUCGCCCCUCACCUCCAUCGACCUGCUGGAGGAGUAUGUGGACACGAGGCUGAGCAGCCUGCGCGGAGAGCUGCUCGACGGCUUCGAGAAGAAGCUGGGCAAGAUCCAGACCACGUGUGAUUUCCGCAUCCAAGAGGUGCGGCAGCAGUGCGAGGAGGAGAAAGCUGCCAACCUGCGGCUGCAGCAGACGCUGGAUGGGAAGGAGCUGGAGAUCAAGAAAGAGAUCUCUCAGCUGGAGACCCAGAUCCAAGGGCUGACGGUGGUGGAAAGCUGCUGCAGCAACCUGGACUACCUCACCGAUCGCAUGAACAUCCUUGAGAAAGGCCUUCACAGCAUUUCUGAGUCCCAGAAGAACCUGCACUCGCGCCUGGAUGGAGAAAUCUCCACUGUCACCCUAGGGAACCUCUUUGAAGGGCGCUUUGAGGACCUGGAAGCCAGGCUCAAUGCGACAGAGAGUGAAACAGGGAGCUGCUGCUCUGAUAUAGAGGACAGCAUGAAAGGCACGGUGGUGGCAGAGGUGGAUGGCAUGAGGACUGCCUUUGAAGACAAAAUGCAGACCCUGGAGGACAGGUUCAUGACCAUCGUGGGGGAGCUGAACAAUGUCAGUUCUCCCACGGGCAUGGACGGAGCAGUGGUGCCUGUGCUGGAAGGGGAGCUUGCCAGCAUGAGGAAACGGACGGAUGAGACACUGGAGGCGCUGCAGAAUCGCCUCAUCACGCUGGAGAGCACCUGCACCUUGGGCUGCACCUCUGCCUCCAAAGAUGUGGAGACCUUUCGGACGGAGAUCGAGGAUUGCCAGAACAAGAACCAGGACCUGCUCCUCCGGAUGGACAGCAAUUACGACCUCCUGCGCAAGCUGAACGCCACCAUCCUGGAGAUCCAGCGGCGAAUCGAGGAGGAAGCAUCGGGGGCUUUGCAAGGGGAGAUCACCUUGUUAAAGAUCAACCUGAACACCGUGAGCAAGUCUCUGACAGGGCUCAAGGACUCCGUGUCCCAGUACUCAGACACCGUGACGCACGUCAACUCCUCCCUAGAUGAGCACGAGCGGAAGAUUGAGGAUGAGGUCCACUCCAUCCAGGAGAAAGUCAACGACCAAGGCUCCCAGCUUUUCUUCAGCAACCGCCGUGUCCUGAACCUCAAGGGAGACCUGGAGCGACUCAAAGCCAGGAUUGUCAGCGACCUGAGCUCCUGCAAGAGCGUGGCCCACGGCCUGCAGCAGGAGGUGUCUCACUUCGACGAGCGGGUGGCGCGGGUGGAGAGCGCCUGCGGCAGGCUGGGGGCCAUCACCGGCAGCCUGGACGACAUCAGGGAGGAACUGGAGAAACACACGGGCAGUCUGUGGGACUACAUGGACCACAUGAACGGGACGCUGGCUGCCCACUCUCAGGAAAUAACGGGACUGAAGGACAACUUGCUUGACUGCCAGGCCAAGGUCUCUGAGCUGGCAGAACAGGUCGGGCACUUGGAGGAGAAGGCAGAGAGGAGGCAGCAUUAGCCACACUGUCAUGGCACAUGUCUUCCUUCUCCCACUGUGAAGGACAGGAUUAAAUUAUAUCACACAGACUCGCUCCAAUGUGACAACAGUUCUUGGGAUAAUUUUUUUAUGAAAAGCUGCUACUUCUUUUUUUUUCCCCCCUAACCUUGUUGGUCCCACUUCUUAACUCCACCGUGCUGGUACUCCCCCUCCUGAUUCUCACAACUGUCCUGAGCCUGGUGCAGCAGGUCCUAACCUGGUGUUGCUUUGGCUCCUGGGCUGAUGACCCCAGAAGGACAAUUCAAGAGUAAGCUGGAGGCAGAAACAUUUUUUUAAAAUUUAUUUUUGUGGAUUUAUCAUUUCUUGAAGAAUAAAACCCUGUAGUUAUCAACUGAGGAAUAGUUUCUCUGACCUAAACAUCGCCUGCAUCUUAAUCCAGAGACUGAGCAGAGCCAGGGCUCCUUGCAGGGUACAAAACUCACCAUAGGAACUGUAGAUUUCAAAGAACACACGUAUUGACACAUCCCUCUGGGAACUGGCGUCCCUUCUCCAAGAUGGCAGCCCUCCUUGUGUAUGAGAAAUCCAUUUUUAAUGCUCCCUCCUCCAUGCAGAUGCCUUUUGGAGCAUACAAGGGUGUGCAUUAGGAAAACACAUAUGCAUAUGUAUAUGUAUAUAUAUGGUAUGUAUAUGUAUAUUUUUGAACAAUCCUGUGUCUUGGUGCUCAUCUGAUUCCAGUUUCCUAAUGCUGCCCCUAUGUCCUUUGCCAUAUUCCAAAGACCCACGCUGAGUAGCUAAAAGCUGUGGCAGCAGUGUUUGGAGAGAGCCCCACGGCCCCUGGGGCUGCUGUGCUUUGCAAUCCCACUUUGCUGGGUUCUCUGGUUACAGCUGGGCUCUCUGGUUAUGGAAAACACGUCUUUCCUCCAAGGUCUCUGCAGAGACAAGCUGGGCACAGAGCGGUCCUGUCCUGUUUUAUUGCUUAAACUGUGAACUCCAUCAUCUCAUCCCAGGCAGGAGAGUUCCAGCUGCUCCAGGGUGCGAGUGCAGCAGUGUUGGAUGGAUAAGUUAGCAAAGUCCCAUCAUGCAGUGUGGGACUUUCAACAUGUCUCACAGGGGUUCCAGUCCAGGAACCUUCCUCAAGCUCUUCAGAUCCCACUGGGAUGCUGGUAGCCCUGGGACCAACACCGAUGUGGAACGAUUUGUGAGAAUACCUCUGGAGACCUGUCCUCAGCUGUGAAUGAAAACCCCACACCAUUUACCCAGCUUGACUCCGGUAUCCCGUGAAUAGGCAGGCUGGAAAACAUGCACAUUCCGAGCAGCUCCAGUCUUGCCUACGGGGCUGUUGCACACAGAAUCCACCUCUCCUGUGGGCAGCCUCUGCUGAUCAGCCAAUGGGGCCUUCAUUACUAGGAUGAGGAGGAAAUUAAAGAUCCUCCAUUCAAACAACUCUGGCACUUUAUAGCAGAGGAACAUAUUUUUCUCUCAUCAUUGUAGCUCAUGAACCCUUCCACCCCAGCCAGCCUUUGGCUCUCACACAGUGCCUGUCACCCUCACCAGGCUGUGCCUGCUCUUCUGCACCCUGGUUCUCUCCCUGCAAAAACGAGCACCUCUUUGCUCUGAUUAGCACAAACCAGCAGUGGCUCCCAGCAGAGACAAAUCUGGGCACCUUUUCUCCCUCAGAAAAUCUGGGUGAGCUCCCUUAAACAUGUUUCCAUGCUAGGGAGGACCACAGGGAUCACUGAGUCCAGGAGCCACACCAUGUUGCCCUGGGGCAGUACAAGCUCGUUCCCCUGCCAGAGGAGCAUGAGCCAUCAGCUGUGGGAGCACAGAGAGGACCUGUGGUCUCCCCACCACUUGCCAGAAUCCACUCUCACUGCUCUGGGCUUUGCUGAUUUGGAGCUACCCUCCAGCUGCUGAGACACUUCUCCAGCUGAGGAAUGACCUCCCGCUGCCAUUGGGCACCCUGCAAAACCCGCUCUUACUUUUCUCCUGCCUAAGGAAGGAGUCUCAAGCCAACCCUCAGUACUGUGUGAUGCACCAGGGAAGCCCUGCACCGGGAGCAUCCUGCCUAAGCCCCCUUUCCAUCCCCUCACACCAGGGAGAAAACCAAAGAGAAAACCAAGCCAAGGGCCAGGCUCCCUGUUCCCCAGCCAGGGCUGGGUUAGAGUGGCUGAGCAGGAACAGCUUCCCAGAAAAGAGGGAGCCAGGACUGGCUGUAACAAAACUAGGACAAGGAAGAAGUCUGACCCUCCGGAAAAUGGUGCUAUGUUUGGACUAUUCCUGACUAGUCACUUGAAGCUAUGGACAGUUUGGUUUUUUUCAGUUCUCAGCUACUCACGUUUAAAAAGCGAAAGGAACUUUGUACAAA